CGGUUCACUCGCAUUUUAUUCUCCCACUCGUCACUCUUUCUGUUCUAGACUCCCAGCUGAACAAUCGCACGAGGACCACCGGCCCGGUUAACCACCGACAUACAGAACAAAUUGGAAAAAUGAUGCCUCAGAGGAACCCCUUGUGUUCAGCAAUGGAUCAGUCCGAUCCUGAUCUCCCUUCCAGACGCUGCCAGGUGGACUGUACCACUGAGGUGGCAGCGGAGGGAGGUCAGAGGAACGGGGGUGGUGCCGCUUCGUCCUCCCCAGAGAGUAGCAGCGUGAACGGAGACGGCAAUGGGAAACGCAGUGGGAAGAGGCGUCGCCGUCGUAAACGCUCCGCUCAACCCGAUAACCGCCCGGCUCCUGUUGCCAUGGUGACUCAGCUGCCACCACCACCACCUGGCCAGGAGAAAGGGGAGGAGCCCCAGCUUUGCCACGGGAGAAGUAGCCGCACCUCUCCCGACCCUGCUCCUGACUCCGCCGGCGCGGUCCUGCUCGGCCUGCGGUCUGAGUGUGGUUCAGUGUGGUUUGACCGCAGUGUGUAUGAGCAUGCUGAGAGUCUGUAUCAGUGCUGGUUGGCACACUCUGCCAACGGGGCGAUGACACGGCCCAGCGGCUCACCCCCAACCCUGACUACUGACAACCACCCCACCUCCCCUCAGCCCUCACUAUCACCCUCACCCCAAGCCCCGAACCACCCCAGCAACCAUCCACCCAUAGUCGCCAAAGAGCAUUGCAUUGUUGCAGAGCCCCUGCAGCCAGCGGCCCCAGAUUUCCUAGCCCUCCCUGCCAACAGCCCCAGCACACCAGCCACGCCAGACGAGGGGUACCUGUCCCUGGCCCAGACCCCCCAGGCAGCCUCCACAUCCCCACUGACCCCGGCCCCUGGCCAGCCAGUGAAUGGGCUUCCCCGUCUCCCCAUGGAGCUGCUGAGGGAUGUGUGGCUGGAGAAACCUCUCUACGACCGGGCCGAGGCAGCCUUCUACCAGAGCCUCUAUGGAAACAACCGUUCUCCCACCGGCAACAACCUGGGUGGUGGAGCUUCCACCUCACGUACCAACCCCAACGCUCCCUCAACCUCCAGAGGUAGUGGAGACCACCCACAGAGUCUUGUUGAAGAGGAGGAGGAGGAAGAAGUGGAAGAAGAAGAAGCCGUGGUCUCACAGGGGAAGCUCGAAGUCUUCCACGCUCUGCGCACCAUUCAGGAGGAGGAGGAGCCUGCUGACGUUGCAGAGGAGGAAGGCGUGGCCAUGUCGAUGGGAGGAGUCUGUUACUUCCUGCAUCCAGACAGCGAGAGGGUUUGGCUGGACCAGAGACGCUACGAGACUGCAGAGAGCCGUUUCUACAGUUACCGCCAGAUUGUACCUGCUGAGUCAACAGUAGCAGACAGAGAGGAGGGGGCUCGUGGGCAAGAAGAUGCUGUGGUGUCGGCAACAUUGUUACCACAACCGUCAUCGGUCGCCUGCACCGGCCCUCUGAGGGACAACACCAUGAGUUCAGCAGUAGACUACUUUGUCCAGGAGAAGAUCUGGUUUGAUAAGCCUCGCUAUGAUGAUGCGGAGAGACACUUCUACGAACGCAUUAACAGCAGCUCACACCCAGCACAGGAGCUGGGAGCCAACACCAUCCUGCAGGACAUAGCCCGGGCCAGAGAGAACAUCCAGAAGUCCCUAGCAGGACUGAAGAAUUCGCUGUUACCUAGCAGAGGCUUUGAUCAACCCCAGAACCCCCAUCCCAGUGCAGCUAAUGGGGCAGGAGAUCAAGGCGAACUCAUCACACGGAUUAAGAGCCUGGAGCUAGAGAACCACAGUCUGAACCAAGUGGUGGAGGACCUGCGGUUGGCUCUGUCUAAAUUGGAGUGUCGGGUAGCGGUGCUGGAGAAAUCACCGUCGCCAGCUGCAGCCCCAGUCUCUGCAGCCCCCUGUACAAACGGAACCUCUGUCCAGCAGCAGAAGACCAGCCCCCCAGUGGAGGAUGAAGAUGAUGAUGAUGAUGAUAUGGACUUGUUCGGCAGCGAUGAAGAGGAGGAUGCGGAAGCUGAGCGAAUCAAAGAGCAGAGGCUGAAAGAGUAUGCAGAGAAGAAGGCAAAGAAACCCACCCUCAUCGCAAAGUCCUCCAUCCUAUUGGACGUCAAGCCUUGGGAUGAUGAGACAGACAUGGCUAAGCUGGAGGAAUGUGUGAGGUCUGUUGUCGCUGACGGUCUACUUUGGGGUCAGUCUAAGCUGGUUCCUGUGGGUUAUGGUAUCCGGAAGCUACAGAUCCAGUGUGUUGUCGAGGACGACAAGGUCGGGACAGACCUGCUAGAGGAGGAGAUUACAAAGUUCGAGGACUUUGUCCAGAGUGUUGACGUAGCAGCUUUCAACAAGAUCUGAUUCCGACCUUCUUCCUCUUCAUUGGGCCCAUCCCACGUGGCACUCCAUUCACUCGGUAGUGCUCUACUUUAAGCCCUAUGAGCUGUUCAAAGGUAGUGCACUAUAUAGAGAAUAGCGUGUCAUGUGGGACGUAGCCAUGUUCCCAGUCCGUCCCUUGCUGCUGUUUGUGUCACACGGUUAAUAAUAAAGAGCUUUUGGUGCACUUUAA